AUGAUAGUGGAAAAUCAGCAAUAUAAAUCCCAUAUAAAAUCCAAUAUAAAUCUCAUAUUUUCCACUGGUUCAUCCCUUCUCUUUUUGUUUCAGGUCCACUCCGCCCGCGGCCCGCGGGACCGCCCGUCCUCAGCGCCGGGGGCGGGCUUGAGCGGUCGCCGGCCAAAACGACGGGCCUCUGGCGUCGAGGGCCACGCCCGGGGCGAGGAGGAUGUAAGAGAUGCUGACACAGAUGCAGACGCAGAGGUGCUGGCAGUGCAGGGAAGUGGAAAGCGGCGAGUGAAGUUUGUGGAGGGCGCAUCCAACUUUGCACCGCGCGGCAGUGCACAACAAGCUGCCCGUUUCGCUCGACAACAGUGCCAACACCGAUUGCAAGUGGCCACCACGCUGCGAAGGGGUGACCGCCUGUCACCUCGCUCAGCCAAACUUUAUCGCCCAUCCUCGGCACAGGUGAACUUCCAGCGAAGCCCCGUUGGAAAUCUCCAGGUGCUGUAUCCUCCAACAACGGAGGUUCUCUCGAUGGUGAGGAAAUUCGACGAGGAGGAGCCUGAAGUUGAUCAAGAGGCUUUGGCAGAGCAAGCUGCCGAGGCUGAAGCAGAGGAGACUCCAACCGAAACGGCCUCCACUGGUGGUGGUGUGCAGGAUCUGGAUAUCCAUUUGCGGAAUAUCUGGUUCAUGUACCAGGAGCAGGAGGAAGCAGCAGACGAGAAAGACAAAGCGCUUUUACACGCUCUGCGAGGACCGGAUCAGGAGGACAGGGAAGAAGCCUUGUUGAAUGAGAUGAAGCUUCUAAAGACAGGGGAGGAUGCCAUUGCUUUCUUCGCAAAGCACGGAGAUCAAUCAGACCUGCAGGUGAUCCACUGUGUGUCGGCACAUGAAGAAGAAGGUAAGUUUCGGCCCUACGAUUUGGUUGUGGUGGACGAGAAGGAGAAAGGGAACGAAUACUUCAUGAUCUCGCCUAAGGGCAUCGUCCAUGUUUCUCCUGGGAAGCAAUCUGAGCAUACGACUCUGACCAGCUGGAUGCAUCAAGUAAUGAUCUUCACGGUCCUGGUCUCCAUGUCAUUCUUCCGGAACUAUUUGACAGCCAUGUCGGAGCUUCCAUCCUUGAAGUGGCUCAUUUUUGGUUGCGGCGGAGUCGGUGGCUAUUUUGGUGCACGCAUCGCGCAGGUGAAAGGACAACGUGUCAGCUAUAUUGUGAGAAACAAAGCACUAGCAGCUCUCAAAGAACAUGGAGUUCGAAUCACCAGCAUUUGUGGCGAUGCACAAGUACCGGCCUCGGAGCUUGGCCCGAUUUUGGACUCCCAGGCAUUGGACAAGGAGGAGAAGUUCGUUGCCGAUGUGAUCAUGUUAGGUUGCAAAGCCUCAGAAGCCGAGGGAUGCCUCCAGCAGUGCGAACCUUGGUGUGGCCCUGAAACUUUAGUUCUGCCCUUGCAGAAUGGUGUGGAUGGGCUCACCACCAUCAGAGAAGUUGUCAAGAGCUGGGGUAAAGGUCAUGCUCUUGCAGGCUGCUGCAACAUCGUGUCUGCCAUCGCAGAACCUGGACACAUCAAGCAUUGGGCUGCCAAUCCUCCAUACAUCACCUAUGGUGAGUUUCAAGGGUCCCCCAUUCCGAAGACUCUUCAAGUCAAGGCAAUUUUGGAUGCAGCCCCUGGGAUGGAAGGCCAUUUGGAGGAAGAUGCUCUUUCAAAGAUUUGGGAGAAAUUUACUUUCAUUUGCUCCACUACAGCUGUGCAAGCUACUACUGGUCCGCAUGCCACUCAAGACAUGAUUCCUGAGAUCCCAGAGCUUUUGGCUACAUGGCGUGCUGCCAUGCAUGAGAUUGUCGCACUUUGCCACAGCUAUGGUAUCAAAUAUGAUCUGGAGUGGGUGGACAAACGAGUGGAUGCAUUGAAAUCUGCAAAGGGUGCAACCACCAGUUGCAGCCGUGAUCUCUGGAAUGGCAAACCAUCAGAGGUUGACGAUUUGUUGGGUUCGGUGGUGCGAAUGGGCAAAGAACAGAAAGUGCCAGUGCCCACCAUCUCUACUUGCUAUGGCGCCUUGAUUGUGAGGGACCGCAUCGCCCGUGGUCAAGAGCUGCCUAUUAAAUUGCCCGAGGGUCACAAGGUCCUUGGGCCCUAUAUGGGUGCACCCAAUGCACCCACUGCUUAACUCCGAGAGGUCUGUGCCCUGACACAGGCAGCUUGGUGGAAUUUUCGCACGGCGUUGGAGCAAGGCCAAUUCUGGAGUUUGUUGGGAUACACAUGCAU